AUGCCACCAUCGUCGUUUCGAAGGGGGCCCGAUUACGAAAUGUACUAUACUGCAUUUUCCGUCAGCACAGUACUCGAAAGAAUCAGAAAGCAGGAGUCAAAAUUCAAGUUAGAUGAGAAAGAUCCUCAGACACUCGAGAAGUUCGCGGCCAAGGCUAUGUUAGCAAUCAGGGAUGGAAACCUGAAAGUGAUUCGAGUAGCCCACUGCAUCUCGAGCCCAUACGUCUACUGCAGAGAGAUGGGAUAUUACAGCUCAAUAAAGCUCGCGACUGAUGAAAAGGCAAAGGACGAGGCAGAUACAGAUGCAAAAGAAGUCAUGCUGGCACAUCUCAACAGUCUUUAUGCAGGGGAAACACCCAAGGAGAAAUCGGCCGCUAAAUUUACUUUUUAUGAGGAAGAGCAACAAGAAUUCACAGGACAUCUGCUAGAUUCGAGAGCACCUUCGGUCGAGGCUGAUGAGACUCAAGAAACACUCGAAGCACUGGGUGGUGACUUUGAGUAA